CACUCUCACGCGCUGCUGCGUGCUUGCGCAUUCCCCAUCAGCAGCUCAACGUACAGGGCAACGGAACCUCUUCACGUCCAAACACACCGUUUUCAGAGACCAUUGAUCAAACAUGACGGUGGUGAUUCAAAACGUGGACGAAGCGAGCUGAUUUGAGGAGGAAUCUGUGUUUUACGCGAUUAAAACACGUCUUUCUUUGGGAUAAGAGACUACGGAGGCACCGCGACCGUUGCAACUUUUGUUCACGCGCAUUUAACUGACGGUUGCGUUUUUUUUUUUAAAGAAAAAGUCGCUCAACUUUUGGCGCUCGAUUCAUUCGGUCUAUGUGGAAUGUAGAAUCGGGUGAAAAUACUAUUUUAUUUGUGUUUGGUAAGUUUUGUCGGGACGACAAGCAGAAGAGGACACAGCGCUUGACUGGAGUUUGUUGCAGGGAUACCGAUGAAACUGUCGAGCUUUGUGUGAUCGCACGUAAUCAUGGACAAAUUGGAUUUAAAUUCAUGUGUCAAGGAUUAUUUCUGAAAUAUCUCGUGUGUUUUUUCCCGCACUGACACGUUCUCGUGCACUUCAGAGUCAACACAAACUCUAGAUUUUGUAACCGUUGCAAGACGCUCGUAAACAUGCCACAACUUAACGGAGGUGGAGGGGAUGAGUUGGGGGCGAACGAUGAAAUGAUCCCAUUCAAAGAUGAGGGAGAACAAGAGGACAAAAUCUCCGAAAACGUUUCUGCCGAGAGAGAUCUGGACGAUGUCAAGUCCUCUCUAGUGAACGAGUCGGAAAAUAACAGCAGUUCAUCUGAUUCUGAGCAAACCGAGAGGAGACCACAGCCAAGACCUGAUCAUGAUAGUUAUGAGAAAGCCCGAGAGUAUUUCGCCGAGGCUUUGAGAAGACAGCAAGAUGGAGGAUUUUUUAAGAGCCCACAUUAUCCAGGCUACCCAUUUCUAAUGAUCCCAGAUCUUUCCAGUCCUUACCUGUCCAACGGCGCCCUGUCUCCUAGCGCAAGAACGUUUUUGCAUAUGAAAUGGCCUCUUCUGGAUGUUCCAGGCACAGCAGCACUCAAAGACUCACGAUCACCUACUCCAGGACACUUAUCUAAUAAGGUCCCGGUGGUCCAGCAUGCGCACAUGCACCCCCUGACCCCCCUCAUCACCUACAGCAAUGAACACUUCUCUCCAGGAACUCCUCCAGCCCACCUCUCGCCAGAGAUACUGGACCCAAAGACAGGUAUUCCUCGGACCCCUCACCCCUCAGAGCUGUCGCCCUAUUACCCACUGUCCCCUGGGGCCAUGGGGCAGAUCCCGCACCCAUUGGGCUGGCUCGUCCCACAGCAGGGUCAGCACAUGUACCCCAUCACUGGGGGCUUCCGGCACCCGUACCCAGCUCUCGCCAUGAACGCAUCCAUGUCCAGUUUGGUGUCCAGUCGCUUUUCUCCUCAUAUCGUUCAUCAUCCUCACGGUCUUCAUCAGACGGGCAUCCCUCAUCCAGCCAUCGUCUCUCCGGCUAUUAAACAAGAACCCAACGGAGAACUCAGCCCAGCGGCUCACGCAAAGUCUCCAGGCCCGAAUAAGAAGGAGGACGAGAGGAAACCUCACAUAAAGAAGCCUCUAAACGCCUUCAUGCUCUAUAUGAAGGAGAUGAGGGCCAAAGUGGUGGCCGAGUGCACGCUAAAAGAAAGUGCCGCCAUCAACCAGAUCCUCGGCCGCAGGUGGUGUUUGUGUCAUUCACUAUCACGAGAGGAACAGGCCAAAUACUACGAGCUAGCCAGGAAAGAGAGGCAGCUGCACUCUCAACUCUACCCGGGCUGGUCGGCCCGAGAUAACUACGGCAAGCGGAAGAAGAGGAAGAGAGAUAAUAAGACAGACUCAACAGCAGAGGAUUUCUCAGCGCGGAACAAGAAGCCGUGUGUGCAGUACCUCCCCCAGGAGAAGAUGAUUGACAGCCCUGGCUCCUCCCACGGGAGCAUGCUGGACUCCCCGGCCACGCCCUCAGCGGCCCUGGCCUCGCCCGCGGCCCCGGCCCCCACACACUCGGAGCAGGCCCAACCACUGUCCCUCACCACCAAACCCGAUCGCCAACACCACUACCCUCUGCUGGCCAAACCCCCUUCAUCAUCAUCAUCAUCAUCAUCAGGCAGUCAGUUAACUCCGCCUCUUCUGUCUAGGCCACUCCCCUUUUCUUCCCUGCAUGCCUCUCUCCUGUCUCCGCCCUCCCCGUACCAUCACUCCCAUCAUGCUUUGUUCCAGUCUCAGCCUCUCUCUUUGGUAACCAAAUCAGCUGACUGACUCUCUUCUAAAGCAAUUCUUUCUUAAUGUCUUUUAAAUAAUGCUGUAUAUGGCUUUUUUACCGUUUUUUUUUUUUUUUUUUUUUUUUGAGAAAUAGAUGUCAGGUUAACUUUUUUGAUAAGUGAGAAAAGGAAAUAAAUAUUAUUAUUGGUCAAUAUUUGAUCAUCCGCUUUUCUGUUGUCUGUAUAAAACAAUGUAUUUUUUUGUAAUGUCUACUUUGGAACUGGUUUCUUAUUUGAUGCAUUUAUUCAGUAAUCUUGUAUAAUAAAAAAAAAUACAUGUAUUAAACUACUUUUAAAAGAUAAGAAGGAACAAAAAACAUUUAAGCUUGACUGUAAUUAAUGGUAGUUUUUGGAGUUUUAAUUCAUAGUACUGGCAAUUUAUUAGACCUCUUUGCAAUGACCCCCCCUUACCCCAGUUUUGAACUGUGUGAACUUGAUAAAUAAAACUUGUAAAUUGUUUCUAAAAAUGGA